AUGGUGGAGUCUCUUUUCGCCGGUCGGAGCCCUCGGGCUUGGUAUCGUUUGGUGAGAUACACAAUAAUCAGUCUGGUCUAUAAUGUGCAAGUCGACUCGAACUAUAUUGUGGACACCCUUCUAAAUCCUGUGAUAUUUCCUCUUGACAAUUUGACUGCAUCUCUCGGUCCCUACCUCGUCGCCUUGGUCGUCGUCCUCCUGUCGUCAGUGAUCCUCAUUUCCUACGUGCUCGGAAUCGAAUGGUACCUGCGGAAAGAGCUUCAUAAGACCUUGGCUCUUGCCUUCGUGAUCGGGCACUAUCUCCAAGUGUGCGUGUGGACACACUUCUACAAAGGAGUGGUUACCGAUCCAGGACAUCCCACGGUUUCGGAUCCAACGAACGCCGAUGUGUGUAAACGCUGUGUGUUCCCAAAACCCCCGCGGACUCAUCACUGCUCGGUGUGCAAACGAUGCGUCCUGCGGAUGGAUCAUCAUUGUCCCUGGCUCAACAACUGCGUGGGAUUGAACACCCAUCGUCAUUUCUACCUGUUUAGCUUCUUCACCCUGCUCGGCUGUAUAUUCAUCGCGAUAUUCGGUCUUCCUGUCUUCUUCGAAUUUUUAUUCGUCAGUCGCGAUGAAAAGUACUUCGCAUCCGUCCCGAAGACGUAUCUCGGGAAAUGGGUCGUAUCGGAAGCCUACGGCAGAAUCGUAUGGUACACAUUCUCCAUGGUCCUGAGCAUCGGGCUCUGUGUUUUCGGGGUCUUCUGCUGGCACACUUCCCUGAUCGUGGCCAACGAGACUUGCGUUGAGAAUAAACAGAACUCCUACGAGAGGAAAAGAUUCUCAAAGCUCAAUAUGCGGUACAGAAACCCGUACGACAGGGGAGUUCUCAAAAACCUUUCGGAGGUGCUGCUCCACGAUGAUCAGAAAAGCUUAUGGUGGAUACUCGUUCCCUUCCAUCUUUCUCCCGACUCUUGGCUAGCGAGAAUGGCGCACAAAAUUUUCGGUAGGGCUGCGAAAACUGGGAAGAUCGUCUAA